UAGAGGAGAGGAGAGAUGAGCAAGAACUGGUUACGCCAUGGCUACAGCAAGGUAGCUAGGAUUUUUGGCAAACCAGACUCGAAGAAGCAGAACUUCCCUGUCCUAGAAGGCCAUCCUGCCGCGCAAGAGCAUGCAGAGGUGGCCGUCGAAACACACGGCACUAUUCGAAACAGAAUCAGUAACCUCCACAAAGAAUUCAGGAUCUACAGAUGGAACCCUGACCAUCCCAACAGCAAACCCCUUCUCCAAUCGUUCUAUAUUUUGACCUUUCCAACUGCGGCCCCAUGGUUUUGGAUGCAUUACAAAAGAUAAAAGCUGAAGAUGAUUCAAGCUUGAGCUAUAGGAGGUCAUGUAGGGAAGGGAUUUGUGGGUCGUGUGCCAUGAAUAUUGAUGGGACUAACACAGUGGCCUGCCUUAAGCCUAUUGAUGCAAGCACCAGCACACCCACUAUCAUAACUCCUCUGCCUCACAUGUUUGUGAUUAAAGAUUUGGUGAUUGAUCUCACCAAUUUUUAUCAACAAUACAAGUUGAUUGAGCCUUGGCUUAAGACCACAAAAGUACCGGAAGAAGGGAGAGAAUAUAGGCAGUCCCCUGCAGAUAGGAAGAAAUUGGAUGCACUAUACGAGUGCAUUCUUUGUGCAUGCUGCAGCACUUCAUGUCCAUCUUACUGGUGGAAUCCAGAGGAGUUUACAGGACCAGCUGCUUUGCUCCAUGCUUAUUGAUGGAUGUGCGACAGCCGGGAUGAGUUCACGGAAGCACGGUUGCAAUCUAUAUCGGAAGACCAUAAGAAGUUGUACAGAUGCAGGACAAUUAAGAAUUGCACAGCUACAUGCCCCAAGAGCCUGAAUCCGGUGGAUGCUAUUCAUAAGAUGAAGACUAAGCACAUGCUUGCUCAACCAAUGGAGAGAUAUGAAAGCCACUAGGUCUUAUCAACAGCCAAUGCUCAAAACACCUUAUCAACCUUGAAACCUUUGCCUAUUGCUUACCAUGUUGGAUCUUGCUUUAUUAAGAAAAAUGUUUACAAGGA